AACGACUGGGAAUAAGGCACACUGCGCAUACAGGCUUUCUACAUUAAAUUUCCAAGCUCGGCAGCUCGGCAGCUCGAAGUGUCAACGGACGCCCAACAGGCCCAAGUAAGCGAACGAACAACAAAUAGAGGGCGUGAGGGGGAAAAGGAGCAGCAGGUUGCCACAAUUUAAUGCCAAGUCGCGGCACGGGGCAGGUGUGAGCCACACACACAAACACACACACACAACAGUGUAACCCAAAGUGCUUAACAGCAUCACGACCUUAGGUAGCAACAACAGCACAAAAAAUUGCGGCAGCAGAAUUUAUGUUACGACAAAAGUUUCGAAAUAAAUGCUUAAAUGCUGCACAGCGUCCAUUGUGGCCAGGAAACUGUUGCUGUUGUGCACCAUGACGUUCUAAUUGCCACAGCGAAUGAAUCGAGCCAGCAACGAACAAAACACGCAAAACUAGACUGCAUUAAGGAGCCACCAACACCACCCCCCAAUCAACCCAAUCCUUUCGCAUAAUGAAUGCGGCACAGCUGCUGUUGCAGGCAGCAACGACAAGGCUGGAACUGCCGGCACUCGAUGUGGCAUCAGAGCCACCCAUUGACUACGAUCAGACGCCGAUUAGCAUCGAUCAGUUUCUGGCGGGCGUUGAGGCGAACAAUGCUGUACGCUAUGAACUGGCCGAUCGGCCAAGCAGCACCACUAUCCCAACCUUCAUGUACGACGAACUAAUGACGACGACGGCUUCUUUGCUGGUUAACCACAGUUUUGCGCCGCUUAACUUCAGCAGCAAUGAUUCGUCAACGACAGACACGCUAUAUCCGUAUGAUAUGAACGAUAAUAUGCACGCGAAUUGGUCGAGAAUGUGUGAUGAUGUGUACGAUCCAUCGCUAGAGAAUAAUCGCAUUGAGUUUUGGGUAUCGGGUAUACUCAUCAAUUUCGUUGGACUGCUGGGCAUACUUGGAAAUGUGAUAUCCAUGAUUAUACUGUCCCGUCCGCAGAUGCGUUCCAGCAUUAAUUAUCUGCUGAUUGGAUUGGCGCGCUGCGACACAAUGCUGAUCAUAACGUCGAUGCUGUUGUUCGGCAUACCCUCCGUCUAUCCGUAUACGGGGCAUUUCUUUACCUAUUAUAAUUAUGUGUAUCCGUUCAUUUCACCCGCCGUCUUUCCCAUCGGCAUGGCCGCACAAACGGCCAGCAUUUACAUGACCUUCACCGUCACACUGGAGCGCUAUGUGGCGGUCUGUCAUCCGUUGAAGGCACGCGCCCUCUGCACCUAUGGACGGGCCAAGAUCUACUUCAUUGUUUGCGUCUGCUUCGCAUUGGCGUACAACUCACCGAGAUUUUGGGAGGUCCUGACAGUGGCCUAUCAGCCACCAGAUAGUGACGUUGUGCUGCACUGUGUGCGACCCUCAAGACUGCGUAUGAAUCAGACCUACAUCAACAUCUAUAUACAUUGGUGCUAUCUCAUCGUCAACUAUAUAAUUCCAUUCCUCACGUUGGCCAUCCUCAAUUGUCUCAUCUAUAGGCAGGUGAAGCGUGCGAAUCGUGAGCGUCAACGUCUCUCACGAUCCGAGAAACGUGAGAUUGGAUUGGCCACCAUGUUGCUCUGUGUUGUUGUCGUCUUCUUUAUGCUCAACUUUCUGCCAUUGGUGCUGAACAUAUCCGAGGCUUUCUACAAUUUCAUCGAUCAUAAGAUAGCAAAAAUAUCGAAUUUAUUGAUAACGAUCAACAGCAGCGUUAACUUUCUCAUCUACAUCAUAUUCGGGGAGAAGUUCAAGCGCAUUUUUUUACUCAUUUUUUUCAAGCGCCGCCUGAGUCGUGACCAACCGGAUCUCAUCCACUACGAGAGCUCCAUAUCGAACAACGGCGAUGGCACGACUCACCGCUCGUCCGGCCGCUUCUCACGACAUGGCACGCAACGCAGCACAACGACCACAUAUCUGGUGACGACGGGCGGCAGCAAUUCCCUCAACAAUGUGCGACUGACUCAGGUGGGCGGCUCACCGGGCAUUGUCAAAAUUAAGCGUAACCGGGCGCCUUCGCCGGGUCCGGUUGUCUACUAUCCGGCACGUGAAAUGCAGCGCUCAGCGUCCACAACGAACUCGGCGACCAAUAAUAAUACGGCACUGGGCUAUGACUGGACCGUCGAUGGCAAAAAGCUGGGACAUGUCUCCUCAGGCUUCUGAGUGGUGUACAUACUUAUAUAGACUAAUAUUGCUUAUGUAAAUAGCCAUUUAGCGUAUUUUGACUAAGGCCAGGCUUUAUACUAUAUACGAUUAUCUAUAUACGGGUACUAAUGCGUACUUCUAGCUGUGUUUUUGGGAUUUAGGUCUGCGUAAACGCCAAGCGUUGCGUUACUUUGUGAUAAGCGUUAAAUGUUUUUCUUCCUUCUUACUCAAACUCUCAAGAUAUGGUCAGAUAGGCAAAUAAUUUGCACACAAAUUUACUUCAUUUCUUAAC